AUGCUCCGCUGUGGCCGGGCCGGGCGACCCAGCCCUGAUGUGACACUCACAUCACUAUCCUCCGCCACGCAGAAGGCUCUGCUGGAAGCAGACAGCAAGGACGCAGAGCUGGGCAAGACGCUGAAUGGCCUGGUGGCGGUCGAUGAAGUUGCCCCAGAGCGGCGCAUUAACCCUGGUACUUGGAUCUCUGACCCGCCAGAGACCACAAACCUCUUGAAGCGUGGAACUUAA